AUGUACUCUCCGCCAUCCUAUUACAUCCAGGUCCCGCGACAGACCCCGAAUAAGCGGUUUCGACGCGUCGCCUUGAUCACGGGCCUUCUCGCCCUGCUGCUCAUCAAACUCAUGUUCACCCUCUCCCAGGACCGGCCCCACCAUGCGCCGUUCGAGACGCCAGCCUCCGACUUGAUCGUCCACGGUGAACCGGUCAAGUUCCUGCCGGUGCCCCAAUACCCACUGGCGCCCUUUCCCGAAUCGCCAAUGCACUCGUUGCUGGAUGAGCAGAAGCCCCCGUCACCCUGGCUCGUGACCGUCAUCAGCCCGGCCACCGACGCGGCCCGUCGCAUGCUCAUACGCUCGACCUGGAUGCACCUGUACCGCGACGUGCCCUUUGACGCGCGCUUCGUCAUCUCGAACCCGGGCCCCCAGUGGAUGGAGAACAUUCGCAUUGAGAACCGAACCUUUGGCGACAUGAUUGUGCUUGACCACAUCCCCGAGGAUGAUGUGACCGCCAAUACCAUCAAAACCAUUGAGCUGUACAAGUGGCUCAUUGCGCGGGGACACCACUACGAAUUCGUGUCGAAGAUGGACACGGACCUGUGGUUCAACGCACGGGGAUUCUGGGAGCGAUACCUGACGCCCCUGCUCCGGGACGACGACGCGGGGCGGCCUAGGGCGCUCGUCGAGCGCACCAUCAUCGGCGAGCUGUAUUUCUCCAAGCGACACGACCUCGUCUUCCCGCACGGCGCCAUGUACACGGCCACCUGGGACAUGGUGGAGCUCCUGUCUAAGCUGCAGGACGAGCACAACGUGAUCACCGGAGAGGACAUGGCGGUAGCCAUGCUCAUGCUCCGGGGCCGCGAGGUGGCCAACAUGAUCAACUUCAAGGGCACGGAAAAGUUCGACUACGACGACGGCGACUCGAGAGGCGACGGGACGGCGUGGGCCCGCCGGCGGACGCACCCCAAUGCGACGCAGCACGCCAUUGCCGGCCAGGACGCGCUCGCCGUGCACCAGCUCAAGGACGAGAAGCUGUUCCUCAAGGUGGCCGACUGCUUCGACGAGCGCGGGGUGCGGCAGGCCCCGACGUCGGGGCCCGAGCGAGAGCCUCCGUUCCGCGUGCGGUGGUGGGACCUGAUGAUGCGCUUCAAGCUGGUGACGACGUGGAGUUCGCGAUUUGACAUGAUACCCGACUCGUUGUGGAAGAUGGACAACGGGAGCUGGAUUUGUGAUGAUAUUUGGCGUUUGGGCCGGUCUAGAACGGGAUACCUAGAGGAACAGUCCAUUUAA